AUGUUUGGUGUAGUGGUGAAGCUGCUGAUCUACAAACCAGGAGCCAUUGGUCAACAGCAAAACAAGUCUCAGGAUUGGCUUCUCCCAUCUCUCCAAGCUGUGCCUGAGUCACUCUCCCAUAGCCAGAGAGCAACGCAGCUGCCCUCUGACCAGGCUGCAAAGGUGAUUGAGCUUUCCUUGAUCCUUCCACCAUUCAUACCUCUUGUAUCCACUGAUGUUCCUGUGUCUCAUCUCUGUCUUUUAGAUAUGGAAUGUGCAGAUGUGCCUUUGUUAACCCCAAGCAGCAAAGAAAUGAUGUCUCAGGCAUUAAAAGCCACGUUCAGUGGUUUCACAAAAGAGCAGCAACGACUGGGAAUACCCAAAGAUCCUCACCAGUGGACAGAAACUCAUGUACGGGACUGGAUUAUGUGGGCCAUGAAUGAGUUCAGUCUGAAGGAUGUGGACUUCCAGAAGUUCUGCAUGAAUGGAGCUACCCUGUGUGCUCUAGGGAAGGACUGCUUCCUUGAAUUAGCACCAGACUUUGUAGGAGACAUUCUUUGGGAACAUCUGGAGAUGUUGCAGAAAGAAGAGAUCAAGCCAUAUCCAGCAAAUGGAAUAAAUACUGCCUAUCCAGAAUCUCGCUAUACAUCCGACUACUUCAUUAGUUAUGGCAUUGAGCAUGCCCAGUGUGUGCCUCCAUCAGAGUUUUCUGAGCCCAGCUUCAUCACAGAGUCCUACCAGACUCUCCAUCCAAUCAGCUCCGAGGAGCUCCUGUCUCUCAAAUACGAGAAUGAGUACCCAUCAGUCAUUCUUCGCGACCCAGUGCAGAUGGACUCCUUGCCAACAGACUACUUCACAAUCAAACAGGAAGUCGUAACACCGGAUAACAUGUGCAUGGGGCGUGCCAGCCGAGGUAAACUUGGGGGCCAAGAUUCUUUUGAGAGUGUCGAGAGUUACGACAGUUGUGACCGCCUGGCCCAGUCCUGGAGCAGCCAGUCAUCCUUCCAGAGUCUCCAGCGUGUCCCUUCCUACGAUAGCUUUGAUUCGGAGGACUAUCCUGUUCCUCUGCCCAACCACAAGCCCAAAGGCACUUUCAAGGACUAUGUACGAGACCGAACUGACAUGAACAAGGACAAACCUGUCAUUCCUGCUGCUGCCCUGGCCGGAUACACAGGUAGUGGACCUAUUCAGUUAUGGCAAUUCUUGCUGGAACUUCUGACAGACAAAUCCUGCCAAUCAUUCAUUAGCUGGACAGGUGAUGGCUGGGAAUUUAAACUUUCUGAUCCUGAUGAGGUGGCAAGGAGAUGGGGCAAGCGGAAAAACAAGCCAAAAAUGAACUAUGAGAAGCUGAGCCGUGGAUUGCGUUACUACUACGACAAGAACAUCAUCCACAAGACUGCAGGGAAACGCUAUGUGUAUCGUUUCGUAUGUGAUCUGCAAAGUUUGUUGGGGUACACACCUGAAGAGCUCCAUGCCAUGCUGGAUGUGAAGCCGGAUGCUGAUGAGUGAAUGGAUCCAUUUUACCAAAAUCGAACAAUCUGCAGAACAUAAGGACUUUUAUUUCUUC